AAGACCAACAUGGCGGAAAAACAUGCUCUUCACGAAAGUGAUGAGGGUUAUGCCGAAAGUGGGUACGAAAAUGGUGGUUUCAAGCGGCAGAAACUUGCGUCAGGCGAGGCUCAUAGAACGUAUCAGGCUGGAGGUGGUGGGAAUCCGCACUAUACGGAUCCCUCGCCAGUCAUUCAUGUGCGUGGGGUUGCUGAUGAAGCCCGCGAACAAGAUUUGAUGCACGCUUUGUCAACAUUCGGUUCAAUCAGUUGUGUGACAAUGAUGCCGAAAUUGCGACAAGCGUUAGUGGAAUUUGACGAGGUUUCAUCAGCAAAAUCUCUGAUGGAUUAUACACAGGGUGGACAGACAAUUGUGCUUAGUGGAAGACCUGCUUACUUCAACUUUUCAAAAAGCAAGAGUAUUUCCAAAAACCUGCAUAUACAGCAAGAGCUUCCCCCAAACAGAAUACUUUUGAUCACCAUUAUUAACCCUCAAUAUCCCAUAACAACAGACAUUCUGCACACAAUCUUCAGUAAACAAGGCCAGGUAUUAAGGAUUGUCAUUUUCAGGAAGAGUGGUUUGCAGGCCAUGGUUGAAUUUGCUACUGUGGACCAAGCCCAACAGGCUAAAGAUGUUUUAAACAGUGCUGAUAUUUACACUGGCUGUAACACACUGAAAAUAGAAUACUCAAGGGCUACGUCACUGAAUGUGUACAAGAACGAUGAAGAAACAUUUGACUAUACUGAAGACAAAGCACAUGGUGCUGUUGGAGUGAGACCGCCUAUGAAAGAAGGUCUACUAAGUCGCCCCCCAGGCGGGCCAUAUCCUGGCCGAGGGGGAAUGGUGAUGCGCGGGCCCAGGCCUUUGCUACAGCAGUCACCUAUGGCAGGAGGUUGUGUUCUGAUGGUGUAUGGACUACAUCAGCACAAGAUGAACUGCGACAGAGUUUUCAAUAUUCUUUGUUGCUAUGGAAAUGUCCUCAAGGUGAAGUUCUUGAUGAAUAAGCCUGGAGCAGCCAUGGUGGAGUUGAGUGACCACGUGGCCUGUAACACUGUCAUUCAGUGUCUGAGGAACCAGCAACUGUUCGGUGAACAGUUAGAGUUCAGUUUUUCCAAGCAAAAGUACCUUGUAGAUGCGUCGACUGUCUCAGAUUUGCCAGACGGAACUCCAUGUUACAAGACUUACACAAAUUCCAAGAAUCAAAGGUUUUGGACACCGGAACAAAGCAGCAAGAAUCGUAUAUUUUCUCCAACGAAAGUAUUACAUUUUUUUAAUGCCCCGCCAGACUUUGAAACAGAAAAAGUGACAGAGAUGUGUUCAAAUUGUGGCGUGGAGCCGCCCGUUGCUGUUAAAGUCUUUCCAAAUGCCUCGCGGUCAGCGGCAGGUCUGUUAGAAUGGAACAGCCCGUCCCAGGCCCUUGAGGCACUGGCAGCGUGCAAUCAUUACGUGAUUCGUGAUCCAGCUGCAAAAACCAUCUUCACUGUUAAACUUGCCUUCUCGUCCAUGUCCAGCGCCCAGUGAGAGAAAAGUCAAAAGCGACCUGUCCCUCCCCUGACGUAUUGUGUUAAGCGACCCUGUCGGAGGGUUGGAAAGUAACCUACUUAGGAUCCUAGCAAGAAAAGAUACAGAAUUUCAUCUAAAAGAAAACGAAAAAUUGAGAUUUAUUUUGGAGUCAUUAUUGUCCAAGUAUUUUAGGAAAAAAGUUAAAACUAUUACCAUGUUAUUUGAAGUAGAUGUGUUUGUUUACUUUUUAAGAGUUUUAUUUGCUACUUGGUAGUAUUAGAUGGAAGAUUAGUCCUUAUAUCCCAUAGAGAGUUCACGAUGUUUUUUGUAAAAUUGUUCCUUCUAGUAAAGAGAAGCGUGCGCUUUAA